AUGUCGCUCGUUGGCUUUUCAGAAAUCCUGAAUAAGCAGUUCCCCAAAAGCAUCGUUCGUUGUCCAUUUGGAAAAUGCAAAACCAGAAUCAUCCUCAUGAACGAGACGCUAGCAAAGAGAAGAAGAGAAAUAGGGAAUGCCCCGCCGAUGGCAAGCGAUUCGAAGCAUUUCUUUGAACUUGACGAUGUAUGGGAUUUUGAUAAUAUUGGCGUUUCCAAAGCCGCUCUGGAACUACAGUCUAGUCUGAAAGUUGGUGACCUAGAGAAGGUGGAACGUUUAUUAAUUUGCAGCGAAUGUGAUCAAGGUCCAUUGGGGUUUGCCGGUUUCAGGAACCCAGAAGAAACCGAUGUCAAAAAGCUAUGCUACUACCUUUCUUGUGAAAGUGUAAUGUACGAACAGGUCUAG